AUGGAGGUGAAUGCGGGAGGUGUGAUUGCCUACAUCAGUUCUUCCAGCUCAGCCUCCAGCCCUGCCUCUUGUCACAGUGAGGGAUCUGAUAACAGUUUCCAGUCCUCCUUCUCUUCUGUUCCAUCUUCUCCAAACAGUUCUAAUUGUGAUAACAAUGGUAAUCCUAAAAGUGGCGAUCUGUCCACUAUUGAAGGCAUUCUGAAAAAUGAUCGACUAGAUUGUUCUAUGAAAACAAGCAAGUCAAGCGCACCUGGCAUGACAAAGAGUCAUAGCGGAGUGACAAAAUUUAGUGGCAUGGUUCUCCUGUGCAAAGUCUGUGGGGAUGUGGCGUCGGGAUUCCACUAUGGAGUUCAUGCUUGUGAAGGCUGCAAGGGUUUCUUUCGGAGAAGCAUUCAGCAAAACAUCCAGUACAAGAAGUGCCUGAAGAAUGAAAACUGUUCUAUAAUGAGAAUGAAUAGGAACAGAUGUCAGCAGUGUCGCUUCAAAAAGUGUCUGUCUGUUGGAAUGUCGAGAGAUGCUGUUCGGUUUGGUCGUAUUCCUAAGCGUGAAAAGCAGAGGAUGCUAAUUGAAAUGCAGAGUGCGAUGAAGAGCAUGAUGAACAGCCAGUUCAGUGGUCAUUUGCAAAAUGACACAUUAGUAGACCAUGAACAGACAGCCUUACCAGCCCAGGAACAGCUGCGACCCAAGCCCCAGCUGGAACAAGAAAGCAUCAAAAGCUCUUCUCCUCCCUCUUCUGAUUUUGCAAAGGAAGAAGUGAUUGGCAUGGUGACCAGAGCCCACAAGGAUACCUUUUUGUAUAAUCAAGAGCAGCGAGAAAACCCAGCAGAGACCAUGCAGCCCCAGAGAGAACGGAUUCCCAAGAACUUGGAGCAGUAUAAUCUAAAUCAUGACCAUUGUGGCAAUGGGCUUAGCAGCCAUUUUCCUUGUAGUGAGAGCCAGCAGAAUCUCAAUGGACAGUAUAAGGGGAGGAACAUAAUGCACUAUCCAAACGGGCAUGCCAUUUGUAUUGCAAAUGGACAUUGUAUGAACUUCUCCAAUGCUUAUACUCAAAGAGUAUGUGAUAGAGUUUCGAUAGAUGGAUUUUCUCAGAAUGAGAACAAGAAUAGUUACCUGUGCAACAAUGGAGGGAGAAUGCAUCUGGUUUGUCCAAUGAGUAAGUCUCCGUUUGUGGAUCCUCAUAAAUCAGGGCAUGAAAUCUGGGAAGAAUUUUCAAUGAGCUUCACCCCGGCAGUGAAAGAAGUGGUGGAAUUUGCAAAGCGUAUUCCUGGAUUCAGAGAUCUCUCUCAGCAUGACCAGGUCAACCUUUUAAAGGCUGGGACUUUUGAGGUUUUAAUGGUACGGUUUGCGUCACUAUUUGAUGCCAAGGAGCGCACUGUCACCUUUUUAAGCGGGAAGAAGUAUAGCGUGGAUGACUUGCACUCCAUGGGAGCCGGGGACCUGCUGAAUUCUAUGUUUGAGUUUAGCGAGAAGCUGAACAGCCUCCAGCUUAGCGAUGAAGAGAUGAGUUUGUUUACGGCAGUUGUCCUGGUAUCUGCAGAUCGAUCUGGAAUAGAAAACGUCAACUCUGUGGAGGCUUUGCAGGAAACUCUCAUCCGUGCACUAAGGACCUUAAUAACGAAAAACCACCCAAACGAGGCCUCUAUUUUUACAAAACUUCUUCUAAAGUUGCCAGAUCUUCGAUCUUUAAACAACAUGCACUCUGAGGAGCUCUUGGCCUUUAAAGUUCACCCCUAA